ACUGCACCGAGUCACCGAGUCACCGACCCAAAACAUCAACUUCUUUUCACCUUAAUCUUUUCUUAAUCUCAACUAAGAUCACAGCACUGCACUCCUACUAAUACCCACUAAAUCCCAUCAAAUUAUUCAUGAUAAACAAUUAAACAUGAACAAAACCCCAUAAAAAACCACCCAGAUCCAACAUCUCCACCACUCACCACCAUGAAACCCCUCACCACCACCACAGAUCUCCUAAAAACCCCAUUAAUUCUAAAGAUCACAUCCUUCUUCCUCCUCUCACUCACCUUCUUCUACCUGGGCAAACACUGGUCAUCUUCAACCGCCUCCCAACACCUCAUCUUCUUCACAACCCCUUCAAAUUCCGUCUCAAACUCACCCAAUUCAAACAAAUUCUUUAACAUCACUGCCCUCAUAGCGCAAAACCAAUCUCAAAUCGUCCCCGACAAGACCCAGAAUCUAACUUCUAACGCCUCACCUCAGGGCCCAUCUGGGUCGGAUUCUGAUCGGACUUUUGGGGUUGUUGAUAAUAAUGGGACCAUGAGAGAUGAUUUUGAGAUUGGAGAGUUUGAUGCUGAGAUUGUUGAGAGUUGGGGUAAUGAGAGUAGUUUGGGUGUUGUGGGUGAUGAGAAAGAUGUGAAAUUUAUGGGUAUUAGGAGAUUUGAGCUGUGUUCUGAGAGUAUGAGGGAGUUUAUUCCUUGUUUGGAUAAUGUGGAGGCUGUUAAGGAGCUGGUGUCUACUGAAAAAGGGGAGAAAUUUGAGAGGCAUUGUCCGAAGGAAGGGAAGGGACUGAAUUGUUUAGUUCCGCCGCCUAAGGGGUACCGACAGCCUAUUCCAUGGCCUAGGAGUCGCGAUGAGGUAUGGUUUAGCAAUGUUCCUCACUCUCGUUUGGUUGAAGAUAAAGGAGGACAAAACUGGAUUUCUAAAGAGAAAGAUAAGUUUAAGUUUCCUGGUGGUGGUACACAAUUCAUACAUGGGGCGAAUCAGUACUUGGAUCAGAUUUCAAAGAUGGUUCCUGAAAUUUCAUGGGGUAGUCAUACUCGCGUUGUUAUGGAUGUUGGAUGUGGUGUAGCAAGUUUUGGUGCGUAUUUGCUAUCAAGGAAUGUGUUAACUAUGUCGGUAGCUCCCAAGGAUGUCCAUGAAAACCAAAUUCAGUUUGCUCUUGAACGUGGUGUUCCUGCAAUGGCGGCUGCAUUUGCUACUCACCGUUUGUUAUAUCCAAGUCAAGCCUUUGAAAUAAUACAUUGUUCAAGAUGUAGAAUCAACUGGACUCGCGACGAUGGAAUCUUACUCCUUGAGGUCAAUAGAAUGCUCCGUGGAGGAGGAUACUUUGCUUGGGCAGCACAGCCAGUUUAUAAACAUGAACCAAUUUUAGAGGAACAGUGGGAAGAGAUGCUUGACCUUACUACCCGUCUUUGCUGGACACUUGUUAAAAAGGAGGGAUAUAUUGCUAUAUGGCAAAAACCCAUCAACAACAGCUGCUAUUUAAGCCGUGAAGAAGGAACAAAACCUCCAUUGUGUGAUCCAGAUGAUGACCCCGAUAGUGUUUGGUACGUUGAUCUGAAAGCAUGCAUCAGUCGACUUCCGGAAGAUGGAUAUGGCACAAAUGUCACCAAUUGGCCUGAUCGUCUGCACACUCCACCUGAUAGGCUCCAGACCAUACAAAUGGAUGCCUACAUAUCCAGAAAAGAGCUAUUUAAGGCAGAAUCAAAAUACUGGUCUGAAAUAAUAGCUGGCUAUGUGCGUGCUUGGCACUGGAAGAAAUUUAAAAUGAGAAACGUGUUGGACAUGAAAGCUGGCUUUGGAGGAUUUGCAGCUGCACUGAUUGAUCAACAAUUUGAUUGCUGGGUUUUGAAUGUGGUACCUGUUAGUGGACCCAACACCUUGCCUGUUAUAUAUGAUCGCGGACUUCUAGGAGUUAUGCAUGAUUGGUGUGAACCGUUUGAUACGUACCCAAGAACCUAUGAUUUCUUACACGCAAAUGGUCUAUUCUCUAUUGAAAAGAAAAGAUGUAAAAUCUCCACCAUCAUGCUUGAGAUGGACCGCAUACUCAGACCUGGUGGUAGAGCAUACAUUCGCGACAGCCUCGAUGUCAUGGACGAACUUCAAGAGACAGCAAAGGCAAUGGGUUGGCACAUUGCAUUGCACGAUACAUCCGAGGGUCCGCAUGCAAGCUACAGGGUCUUGACAUGUGACAAACGCCUAUUGCGACCUUGAACAAAAACGAAAUAUGAAAAAUGGAAUUCUCAUAUUCGGAAGGUAACAACUGUGAAACAUCCUAUCAACCAACAUUGAUAUCGUCAAAUUAACAUGUCUAAACGAUGAUAGUCGUAGCGGGAAGAGUCUGAUUCGAGGUGGAGAAUUCGUUUGAUUCUGCAGUAAUUAUACUAAUGGAUGAUUCAAAGUCUUUUUUUGUCCCAUAUGAUAUAAUUGGGGACUUGCCUCCAUUAUAGAGAUGUUUCAUCAUAGAAGAGUCCACUAAAGCUGUGUAAAUUGUAAAACAAGAACUCAUAGAAUGGGUUUCUUAAAAGCAUUUGUAAUUUUAUUCUUUUAUGAAUUAAGAUUGAUGUGGAAAUAUUGUUUCAAGAAAAGAAAAAGAUAUGUAAAAUUUAUAUUUCUCCUUA